AAUGGAUCUGAAGAAUGAAAAAUAUAAUGCAUCAUUAACCUAAAUUGAGUUGACUGUGGAGACACUAACAAAUAUUCUUUUUAAUUAUGAAUUUUUUAAGAGAAUAUCAGGGUUUUUAAGUUUAAAGGAUGUUUUAACUCUUGGAUAGACCUGUCAUAUUUUAAAUGAAAUCGUUGAGGUUAGGUGUGAAUAAUUAACAUAUAGAAACACAAAGAAUUCUUCGGAGAGAUCUAUUAUAAAUUAUUUCUUCAUGAACAACUUGAAAUGACUCUAGAGUUAAGCUACCCGGACAUACAAAAAAGAAAGUAGAUUAGAUUAUAGAAUUUUGACAACUCUUGCUUUGAUUGGAAGAAUCAACUUAAAAAAAUGAUCCAAACCAAGUAAACGAGGCUUUCAAUAGUUAAUAGAUAGACAAUGAAAUUUCCAUUUAUCCUUUCCGAUGCUGUGUUUCCCAAACCCAUCUUGAAGAGAGAAACCAUCGGGAUACAUUGUGAAUCCGAGUUCCAAAUUAUGUUAGCUUAGCGCUUAGAAUUGGAACAAAAAGGAUUUGAUAAGUUGUUUGACUUUUAAUUCAUUCAGAAUGAGGUAAUUAUGAAAUCUAAUCUAACCCUCUAGUUGAUGAAUUAGUUAAAACAUAACAAAUUGCAAAUAUUGGCAGAAAUGCAAGCUAAGUUGCAACACAACGAGAAAUUGAAAAGUCAAUUUUUGUAAUACAGAUGGAGUUUGGAAGAGGAACCAUGUGAAUACCAACAAUUGAGUCUCUAAAAAAUGGGUAUAGUUGAUGAGGAAUUGGAAAACCACUUGGAACAAUUGGAUGAGGAAUAAAUUUGCAUAUUAACUUUAUUGAAUGAGUUUUAUACUUCCCUGGAGUGUUAUUUGGAAGGGUUAUAACAGUACUUUAGUGUAUUUAUAAAUGCUAAUACCAUAAACAGUAUUGAUUUGCUUAGCGAAUACGUAAUGUAUUGGCAAGCUUAUAGUAAUGCAAUUAUGGACUUAUCAACGAUUAUCUUUCCAUUUGAGAAUAUCAUAAAUGAGUUGCAUCAAAAUGUGUUCUCAAAAUACCCCCAAUAUCCGAAGUUUUCAAUUUGGAGAGUAAUGACUAAGCUGUGGAUAAAAUAUGUAUGCUUCCAAUUAAUCUUAAGAUAAUUAGAAAUGAACAACUGCAACCUAUUUUAAUACAGUGUUAUUUACGUCUACUCUCAGCUCAAAGACAACAAAUGUUCAAAAAGGAGUUUGAUCAAGGAGUCAAUGAUGAUCUUGAAAGUGCCCAAUCCUUUUAAAUCACCUAUGAGAUCUAUGAUAAUUUCUUACUUAAACAAAGGAAUAGUUAUAGGGAUCAAUAUUAAAUUGACACUUCGCAUCUAUUCUAUACUGAUAUUGUAGAUCUGUUAAGAAGUUUCACUCGAUGCAUCUAAGACAUAUCUAUUAGUGAGGUUCAUCAUUGUACUUAAUUACUUAGGUGUCUGUACAUUGGGUAGGCCAUAAAGAUUGUUGCUAUGAGGAGUUUUAUGAAUAAUUGAGUGAGAAAUUAUAAUAUGAAACCAGCUUUUAUUAUGACGAAAGUAGAUAAGUAUUUGGAUCAAACAUUAUAUCUUUUAUCGAGUUUAUUAAGUUUGACAAGGAGUAAAUUAAUAAUUAAUUUAACCAUUUAUUAGAUUUUUAUAGUAAAUUGUACCUGAACCUCUUAUGUUUAAAAUUGAAAAUCUUUAGAGAGAACACAUUUACACUUCCUUAUAUUAUUUCUUAGAAGUUUCGUAUCUUUAGAAAUUUGUGUAAACCAAUAAGGAACAAAUCAUGCAGGUUUACAAAACCUCCAGACCCAAAUCUCCAAAACAAGAGCGCAUUUCAAUAACAUCCUCUUAAAAUAACGAACAUCUUGAAACUUAAGGAGAUUCUAAUUUAAAUGAUGCUCAAAAAUUCUUUAAUUUGUGUUUGGAAAACAGCAACAUAGAUUUGGAAGAUCUGCUAAUAAAAGAGAAAACCAAAUAUCAAUAAGAUCCUCUGUUAGAAAUCAUCAAAGUUGCACUUUCUCAAAUGAAUCUUGAAUAAUUGGCAUCCUUUGAUGAUUCAUACUAACAUGGGAACUCCUAAGAAUUUCUUGAUUUUAAUAGGCCACCAAGAAUACACAGAGCAUUUUCAAAUACUAAAUGUAAUCAAAAUAAUAUAAAUAAUCCAAGUAAAUGCAGAACAAACUGAAGUUCCAGAAGAAAUUAUUAAGGCCGCAAAGCAAUUUCUAUUAACUGAUGCCCAAUUUUCUAAGCUCUAUCAAGUAUUCAAUGAAUAUACCGUUUAUUACGAAAAAAUGCUACUAUAAGUUGUAACUAAAGACAGAGAUGUUGAAUUAAUAAGCAACGACCGAGAAGUUCCUAGAGUAAUAUGAUUCAAUCUAUUAUAGAUCCUACCUGAAUACCUUUAAAGCUUUUAUUAUGUUUCAAGGUUCUUGACCAAUUCUUUACUAGAGGAAAAUAUAGUGGAGGAUCCUGAAGACGAAUUUGAGGAUCUAGAUUUACCUCCAAGUCUCUCAAAAAAUUCAUCCAAAAAAAUGAAAAGUAUGAUUCAUCUGAUUUUAAAUAGAAAAUUCUAAUCAAAUUGAGUAUUAUUACUCAGAAGAAGAAGAAGAAAUUAGCUACAACGAUGGUGCUUGAUUGGCAUUAGCAUAAAUUAAUA